UGUUGGUGGCUGAACUUGCAGAUGAAAGUGGUGACUGGUAUAAAAGUGACUGUUUAUCCUAUUUUUCAGUAAGGAUCUGAGAGAAAGUUACUCUGGGAAUAACAGGUUUGGAACAAGUGCCCUUGAGCAUCUUAAUCAAGUGAAAAAGCACUGAAGGAAAAAUGUUAAAAAAAAAAUAAAUGCAAUGUCUAAUGGUUUUGUUUUCAUGCUGCCUUCCCAGGAAUCUCAUGAUCACAUUCUGUUGGAUAUUCUUGUCACUGGAGAGCAGAUGAAUCACUAUUGGGCUGCAGCUGAAACUGCUCAAAGUGAACUUGCAGCACUUUCAGUGAAGUAUGGUUGUGCCCAGUCAGAGCUUCUUAAACUCAGGUCCAGAAUGGUCUCUAAAGAAGCCUCUUUUCAAGAGCUGAAGUCUGAAGCUGAAAGCUACAAGGAAAACAAUGCUAGACAAAUGUCUCGCCUCCUGUCUUUGCAAGCCCGAAUUCAGGAGAUGGAAGAAGAAGUGUAUGUGCUUGCCAGUUCUAAAAACCAGUCUGAGCUGAAAGCUCAGGUGGCAUUAAAGGAAAACUUGGAGCUGAAGGAGGAGCUUCAUGAGCAAAAUGCCAAACUUAAUAAAUGUUUGAAAGAGUGUGAAGAAAGCAUGACUCAAACUUCUAAAAUCAGCAGAAAAUAUGAAGAGCUUCUUACAGAGCUUUCUGGAUUAUUGGACACAGACAUUAAAGAAAAAGAGAAACCACAGGAACAUUUAAUGUCAAAGGUCUCUGAAAUAUGUAAAGAAAAUCUGACCCUAAAAGACCAGGUUGCUUCUCUUCAAGAAGCUAUCAACAUCCAUGAGAUGGAGUCCAAAGCUAGUAGAGAAACUAUCAUGAGGCUUGCUUCAGAAGUGACUAAGGAACAGAAAAAGGCAGCAGGAUGCUAUCAAGACAUGGAAAAACUUAGUAAGGAUCUUGACAGUGCUAUAACAGGGAGACAGAGUUUGGAGAUGGAGAUCAGAAACCUCCAAGAAAAACUGACUGCUAACCAGAAAGCUUUAGAUGCCUCAAAGUGGGAAUUGCGCAAUCUGAAGAAAUCUUCUAAUGAGCUGGAUAGAAUCUUGAAGAGCAGCAGAGAAGAGGCCAGGACUGCUCAGAGCUCUUUGAUGUCUUUUAAAGAGCAAAUUGCUACCCUACUCAGUGGUGGAUCUGCAGCAGUUAAACCUUCAGAGAAGUCCAUUUUGGAGAGGAUCCAAGAAAGCAAAGAGGAGAGCAAAGAAAUAGUGGUAUCUCAGCUUGAAACCCAAAUAGCUAAAUUGACUGAAGCUCUGGAAAAUCAAACCAGAUUGUACCAAGAAGCUAUGGAGCAGAGCCGGAAAGCUGAGAAACGUUCUGAGACUUUCCAGGAUCAACUGAAACACUUGGAAGAGGAAUUACUCUCCGUAGAUCUGAUGCAGGAUGUCUUGAAGCUGGAGAAACAAAAAUACCUGAAAUUUCUGGAACAACUUAAUGAGAAGAUGAAGCUGGAUAGCCUAGCAGCAGAAGUUGGAUUUGAUAUGAAUGUGGACACAAUUCUAGCCCGGGUAGAACAGUUAGUGAAACUGGAAGGUGAUGCAGUGAUUGAAAACAAGACUAUGGCAUAUAGCCUAAGAAGGAAGUUGAAGACUCAGAAAGAAAAACUUGAAAGCAAAGAGCUGCACAUGAACAUUCUGCGGCAGAAAAUAACCCAGUUGGAAGAGGAGAAGCAAGUAAGGACCGCCUUAGCUGUAGAGAGGGAUGAGGCCAAUCUCACUGUCAGAAAGUUACAUAAGAUGAUAGAGAAGUUACAGAAGCAGCUUGAUCUGGCAAGGGAAACGAACACUGAUCUCAAAGCCAAGCUCUCUGAAACCAAUGAACUUAAGAUUAAAACUUUGGAGCAGAACAGAACAAUAGAAGAACUCAAUAAAUCUCAAGGCAAAUUGGAAAGAAUGAAAGAAAAGGCUGAGAAACAACUUACCUCUAUCAAAUCAGAACUUCUUUUAAAGGAGCGUAAAGCUACUGAAGAUAAAGAAAAAAACAAAAAUAUGUUAGAAGCGGUUACCAGUGAGAUAAAGGUGCUUAAAACAGCCCUUGCAGAAUUAGCAAAAAGGGAGAGACAGCUGACAGAUUUCCGAGAGGUGGUCUCGCGGAUGCUGGGCCUCAACAUUGCCAGCCUGGCUCUUCCUGACUAUGAAAUCAUUACACGUCUCGAAGGGUUGAUUCACUCUCAUCAGCACCACUACUUCCCCUGUGUCUGCCUCAAAGAAAUGACAAGGGCACCAGAAGAACACUCCCAAAGAAACAUACAGCUUCUUCACUGACACACACAUUUUGUUAGGAGACAGAACAAAGUAAAAUUUUCUGUGCCUCCCUACCUGCUAGAUAUGUGUAGAAAGCAGAUAUUUAUUUCUGUUCCCUAUGCUACAGACACUAAUUUGGGCUGAUUUUUAGUGUUUCGAUAGGGAGACUUAGUUGAAUGGAUCAAGUAAACCCAGCAGCCUAGAGACAGCAACCAGAAAAUCCUUGGGCAGCAUAACACUGAAGUUAUAAAAAUGAUAGGUAGUAUGUGCACAAGUAUAGCCCUCCAGUUUCAUUGUAGAGGUGUUGAAGGCAUGGGACACUAGAGGUCAGUUUUGGGAAGUGCUUGCUAAUAAAUGGCAGCUUCAGUGACAUUCCUUGCGCUUUAUCUUUGAGUGACAGGAAUGAAAUGAAGUGGGGGUUGUCCUGCUGCUGUUCUUCUUGCAAAAUGGGAUGUCUCUGCAUUUUUACUCAUAAGGGACUUCAGCUUCAAGACAGCUGGAAGCUAGACAGAGGACUAUCACCAUUUUGGAGCAAGAGUAUUUUGUUUUUAACUUUUUCUUCUGCUGUUUCCUUAGUCUGCUCUCAUGCCAAAACAAAAAAUUAUGUGUUUUCAGCAAAGGGUCUUUCACAGAGCCCAGUCAUGCACCUAGUGGAGAUACAUUUGGUAAAAUAGCAUGUUGUCCCUGGCCAUGAUGCCUUGAAAAGUUUUCUUCUGGCUGCUGUGUUCCUUGGGCAUUAAUCCAUACUCCAAAUAAGUGGCAGUUCUCCUGAGCUAAUGAAAAGUUAUUUUAGAAUGCUUACCUGCUACAGAAAAUAGCAGAAUUACUAAAGUCUUUAUUUUCAGAAAAGCAAUGAUGAGGUGUCCAGAACUAAUCUUAACCAUAAAAGCUUCUUGUCUAUCGUGCUUUCUGAGUGUUGUUAAAAUAAAUGAUUUUUUUAAAAAGAAACUUGAACAAUAAAUCUGUUUUAACAGCACACACAAACAUGGUUCUGUGGUUUUAGUUGUCUCUUCCAAUUAUAUAUUUUGUAUGGAUGUGUAAAAAAGAUGUGCUUAUUUAUGUCUGACCAUUUGUGGACUUUCUACAGUAUCUCAGCAAAUGAUAGCAAGCUCACAAAAACUGAGCACACUAUUUUAAGAGAAAUGAGACUUUUUCAAGUAAGUGUGGUAAUUUUGGUGUCUGGGUAGGGAUUCAAAGCGUUAUAGGUUGCUUUUAUUUCACUUGCUUCUGAAGAAUCAUUUCCCAGUGACUUGGUAGUAAAAAAUCAAAAAACACCUAAGCUUUUGCGAAAUAAGUCAUUUGAGGAGAUACAGCAAAUCAUAUAUCCUUAUGCUCCUGUGGACACUUGGAUUAAAAUAAAUUUCCUUACUUG